AUGGAACGAAAUAAACAACCGAGCACCCUUGGGAGAAAUAUUAUACCUCUCCUGUGUGCCUUGGCUUCAAUGGUGACAGGUUCAGUUGGCAUUGCACUAACUUGUAAAUUCCACAAGACUGAGGCUGUCCUGAUCAUCAUCACAUGUGCCACAUACUUAUAUUCAUUGAUUACAUUUACUUCUUUAUUUAGGUUGCGAUCAAGGAUUUGUGAAGUGAUUGGGUUGUUGAGUAUUUGUUUUCAACUACUAAUACUGGGAUCAGCUAUUGAAUAUUUCAAUUGGAACGUUAAACAUUCUAUGAUACCCAAUUCAACAAUUCAAAAACAUUUACUCAUUGCUAUGAAUUCAUUACUUUUGUUUAGCCUUUUCCUCAAUGGGAUUAAUAUUGGAUUUUAUUUUGAAAGUAAAAAUUAUAACAAUUUGGAAGAAGCUGAUGAAGGAUCUGAUCAGAAGAUUACGUUUGUUGAUCAAGAAAAGUUUAUACCGUUAAAGGAUUCCACACAAACAUUGACACCAGGAAUGGAUUUAUUUUACCCAAAAAAAUUCAAUAUAGAAAACCAACAAAAUUACUCUGGAUACGCAACAGAACCGGAACCUAUGUUCUCAGACGAUCAUUCUGAAAGAUCUGUAAUAAGACAUCAGCUGGGACCAUCAUCUAAUCAUCAUAUAAGAGAAACUGACUUGAGUAAACAUGAGAACUUACCAAGUAGAGGGAGGUCAAAUUCAAUGAAUAAAAUAUUUAAAAGAUCCUUCCUCAAAAUAAAAGACUUAAAACUAGUUUCAUCAUUACAAUCAAACAGUGAACAACUUGCAAAAGACGAAACUUCGCAGACAGGGAAUGAUUUAAACACACGUUAUAUAACCAGACUUUCUACAAUAUCAGACAUUUCGAAAAGUAUAUUAAACAUAGGCGCUAAUCCUCAACAAGAUUCUAAUAGAAAUCAAAAUAAUGAAAAUAUUCAAAACAGCAUUGAGAGACCAUUCUCAGUUAUGAUCGACAAUCCACAUAGAAAAUCACAAGGCAUGUGCAUGUAUGAAACCGAAACUCAAACAUCUCCAGCAUUGGAAUUAGAAAAGAAAGCUAUCGGCAGGAUUGAUAGUUCUUUGCUGCGCCCAUGUCUACGUUUAAGUAACAGGAUGCCUUCCUCGAUAUCGGAAGAAGAACAGACAAAUCAACUAUCACACCCUCCCUCUCCAUUGAUUCCACAAAUGGAAACGUUCGAUGUGGAAGCAUUUGAAGAAACCAUCAAGCAACAAAAUAUGCAUAGUAUGUUUGAUAGCAGUUACGACGAACAUGACACUCCAGAACAUAUUGAGUUACCGGAAACAGUUACUUUAGAUAUUUGGGAACAGGAUAAAAAGCAAAUCUUGGAGAGAGCAAAUAACCUACAGCAGAAAGUAUUACUACCACCUUUAGAAUUGGCUUUCGAACGAGAAUCCAACAGCCCUCUUGAACCAUCAAUUGAAUCAAAAAAAACAUUCAGUUUUCCAGGUAAAUCACCAAUAAUGGAUAAAUUAAUGGAAGAAAGAAAAACAAUGGAAGGCACGAUAAAUGAGCUAGAUAAGUACUUGAAUGAUUUCGAGAUAGAUGAAGCAGAAAAGGAGCAGAUACUAGAAAACAGUUUAAGACAAGAUAUGUCACCGACACUUACGGCUGAAAAGGCCUCAAGAGAUUUACAUAGAGCUGCAACAAAUCAUUCUCCAACCAAGUCAAUCAUUUCGAUAAUUAGCGGCUCAGCAAACAAUAAUUACCAUACUCAUAAGACACGGAACUCUCUUUCCAAUUUCCUAGGAGGUCAUACACGAACUUCAUCUCAAUUGACAUUUAUGUAUCCAUCACAGACCAAUGCAAAAGCCGUAUCCAACCCAUCUUCGCCUACUAGAUCCAAAAGGUUUAAACGGCUAAGCAAAAAACUUUCACUUUCCAAUGUAUCGGAUUCCAUGCUUCAUUCUACAUUUUUACCUGACAAUAAUAAUCAUGAUAUGAAGACAAAUAGCGAAUUUUUCAAUUUCACCCCAAAGGGUCAACAUAAUAGAGGGAAAAGUUUUGAUUUUAGCUACUUACAUUCAUUACAGAACUCUCCGACAAAGCAGACAUCUGGAAUGUCAAGAAAUGUAUCCUUACAACGUGAAUUACCCUAUUCUAACACAUCAUCGCCUGGUAAGGCAUCUAGGCGUACCAGCUCACAUUUUUAUAUGCAACAGGAAAACACCACGUACACGUUCGAUUGCAAUAAACCAGUAGAUACCACAGUUUUAGAAGAACCAGUGGGGAUUAGAGAACCAAGUUCAACAACGCCAAGUAUUGUAUCAAAUGGCUCGGAAGCUCUCUAUCCUGAACUGAUUAUUAGUGAAUAUGACAGAGAAAAGUGGAAUACAAUUACCAACCUGCAUCUAAAUGAUAUAUGA